GUCAAUUCGACGUGCGGUCACACUGCUUGGUGGAUGGUGGUCGAAAAAAAGUUGUUAAAAGCGCAGAAAAACGAUUGGUAAUGCAAGUGCUUCAGUGACUGUGAAAACGAAGAUGUCACCGAUUGAAGCCACUUCCGCGCAGCGAGUCCCACAACAAUAACAAAUAACCAGCGCCAAUGAUGUGAUGCAGCAGCCUGGGUUGAGUUCGGAAAACACAACCUUCAAGUAGUUUAGGCCACCCACAAUCACCCGGAAUCGAGUCCGGACCAAAUCCACGAUGAGCUGGCUGCUGGGCCUCCUGGGGCUGCAGAUCCUGUUCCUCUGGCUCCUGUGGCUGCCCGGCGAGAUCCUGGCCAUACCCACGCCGCUCAAGUUGCCAGGCUACACCCACAGGCUGACGCCCUACAUCAAGCACUGGGAGGCGGCGAACUUUGAUCGCGGGGUGCUGCAGGCGGCGCAGGUCAGGCACCUGGAGCAGGCUCGCUUCCGGCAGAAGCGACAGGUGAGGCCUGAAGCAGAGGUAAAAGCCGAUGCCACACCGAGUGGACUGGCGCACACCAUCCGUCUGAAUUUCUCCGCCCACGACAGAGAUUUUCGCCUGGUGCUGCGUCAACAGCCGCAUUCGGUGUUCGCCCACGACGUGGAGAUCGAGAACACUCUGGGUCCCAUCGACUACGAUGUGUCGCGCAUCUACACCGGCAGCCUGGAGGAUGACGAGGCGGCCCAUGUCCAGGCGAUCCUCACCAGCGACAACCUGCUGGACGGGACGAUAGAGACCCAGGCGGAGCACUACUACAUCGAGCCGGCGCAGCGCUAUUCCCAGCAGCUGGCCGAGAGCGGUGUCCACAGCAUAGUCUAUAAGUUAAGUGAUGUAAAUAUGCAGAAGGAGCAGUUCACCGGCGGUGGACUCAACUCCGCGGCACCCGCCAAGACGCACUGCGCCAGCGAGAAGCUGAGGAAGAAGCGCUGGCUGCCAGAGGAGCUGGCCAUGUCGGAUGCUCCAGCGCCAACGUACAAUCGCAAUCCGCCCCUGCCGCUGGAUUUGGAGGUGCCCUACAACGACGACUUCCGCGUCCUGGCCUCCGAGGAGGACAAGAGCGAGGAGUCACCGAGGAAGUACCACCCCAGUACAUCCACGACCAGGAGCACUGUGCGCAGCACGGAGAGUUUCCUGGCCACGCUGACUAAGCCCACGUCGAACCGCAACAUACUUGUAAAUAACUACAAUCCCUCCAAUGUCGGCGAGGGAAGUCGCAGCUAUAGCAACAGCAACAGCAACAGCAAUGCCAACAGCAAUAAUAAUAAUAAUAAUAAUAAUAACAACAAUAAUAGUAAUAACAAUGUGCGGAAGUUGUACACGAAACACAAGAACAUUAUUGUGAGCACGUACAAUCGACCCAUCGAACCGGAAUUUGGAACGCCCUACGAGGAACCGAAUAACAAUGGUACCCGUGACCUGCCCAGUAACUUCUUCAAUGCCAACUGGACAACGCUCUUUCUGGGAAAUAACAACAAUGGCAACGACCGCCCCAGCCAUAAAACGCAUGUGGAGAUCAUCACCAAGAACGGAGCGACCAAGAAGCCAAAUAUCAUUGUGAAUAACUACAAUCCGGAGAUCAUAUUCGCCCCCAAUCCGCACAACCCCAGUUUCAACAGCAUGUUAAUGACGAAUCUGCUGAGCGGAAGGGGCGGCGACGAUAUCCAUAGUUCUCCAAGGCUGCUCUACGAUCGCAAGACUACCUGCAUGUUGUAUCUGCAGGCGGAUCACACGUUCUUCCAGAAAAUGGGUUCGGAUGAAGCGUCCAUAGAAGCUAUCACACGGCAUGUGCAGCGGGCCAAUACGAUCUACCGGAAUACGGACUUCAACAACGAUGGAAAACCAGAUAACAUCACGUUCAUGAUCAAGCGCAUCAAGGUGCACAACAUGAACGCAAUGAAGGAUCCCAGCUACCGAUUCCCCGGCAACUAUGGUGUGGAAAAGUUUCUGGAAUUGUUUUCGGAGGAGGACUAUGAUGCCUUUUGCUUGGCCUACAUGUUCACCUAUCGUGACUUCGAGAUGGGAACUUUGGGAUUGGCCUGGACGGGUGAUCUGAAGAACGCUGGCGGAGUUUGCGAGAAGAAUGGCCAUUAUAGGGGUUCGCUAAAGUCCCUCAAUACGGGGAUAGUCACUCUGUUGAACUAUGGAAAGCAUGUUCCACCUGCAGUGUCCCAUGUGACAUUGGCCCAUGAAAUUGGCCACAACUUUGGAUCACCGCAUGACCCAGAGCAGUGUACUCCUGGUGGCGAGGAUGGAAACUUCAUCAUGUUUGCCCGUGCCACUUCGGGUGACAAAAAGAACAACAAUAAGUUCAGCACCUGUUCGCUGAAAUCAAUAGAACCAGUGCUGAAUGCCAAGGCACGUUCCAUGAAGGGAUGCUUCACAGAGCCGCAGUCCUCGAUUUGUGGCAAUGGCGUGGUGGAGCCGGGUGAGCAGUGCGACUGUGGGUGGGAGGAGGACUGCAAGGACUCGUGCUGCUUUCCUAUGUCAAGGCAACCGCGUCUAGAUGAGACUCCCUGCACGCUGACGCCUCACGCCCGAUGUAGUCCUUCGCAAGGCCCGUGCUGCACCACCGACUGCAAGCUGAAGUUCGGUGACAAGUGUCGGGAUGAUAAUGGCUGCAGGGAUCCCUCCUUCUGCGACGGACGGGUGCCCCAAUGUCCUCCGUCGGUAAACAAGCCUAACAAGACCAUCUGCAACAAGGAGUUCGUCUGCUACAUGGGCGACUGCACGGGCAGUAUUUGCUUGGCCUACGGUCUGGAAUCGUGUCAGUGUAUUCCGGGACCCCAGGAUGAUCGGAUCAAGUCGUGCGAACUGUGCUGCAAGCUGCCAGGGGAGGAUAGUCCCUGCCGAAGUUCCUUCGAGUGGAAUGAGGCUCCCUUCGAUGUCCCCGAUAUGUACUCGAAGCCAGGAACGCCUUGUAAUGAUUAUAAUGGCUACUGUGAUGUCUUCCAAAAGUGCAGGGAGGUUGAUCCCUCUGGUCCAUUGGCCACAUUGCGUAAGCUCCUGCUCUCCGAGGAGAGCAUAGCCACCUUUAAGAAGUGGAUGCAGCACAACUGGUACACAGUAGCUCUGGCUGCCGUUGGUGUAAUUCUGCUCCUGGCGCUGAGCACAAAGCUGCUGGCGAAACGGUCGAAUCUGAAGCUUAAGUCCGUCACCAUCAUACACAGUGCCACCACGGAGACAGUGCGUCUGCCGGAGAACAACAACGGGGUAAUAGUGCACACAGCCGUAAGGACAAAGGUGCCCUUUAAAAAGAAGGUACGUGGCGAGCGAAGCAAGAAACCGGGAACGGGAACGGUGACUCAAGCUGGACCUGGCGUAACAGCCACAGCUGCAGUUGCAUCCCGGAGUGCAUCCAAAAGCAGUGCCAAUCCAGAGACCAAGAAGACCACCAGAAACCAAGCCAUGGCCAAGAAGAAAUCCCUCGAGGAGGAGCCCAAGAAAUCGAACAAAAAGCUGGGCAAGCACAUGAAGGAGAUCAUCGACUACUCGCAUCGCAACAACAACGGGGAUGAUGCCUCCAAUCUUUCGACCACCAACAACCAUACGAACACCUUUGGCAAGGUGCAAAAGUGGCUGCUGGAGUCGCCCAUUGUGGCCCAACCAUUGUCGCACAUCGAGCACAGUUCUCGGGUGCGCAAGGUUAUGAGCAAAUCGCAAUCCACGCCAGAGAGACUGGUGCAGAAGACGCCGCAGAAGACCAAGUCCAUGGGUAAUCUGUCCAACGAGAAAGUCAAACUGCAGGUGGUCUACAAGCCGCCCUUCAAGUUCUCUCUAAGAUUGUCCAAGAAGCCAAAGGUGAAAACACAUGUGGUGGGCGGAGGAGUGAGGCCAAAAAGAGGCCAAAAGGCUAGUAACCGAACUGCUGGCCAAUCCUCCUCGAAGGAUGUGUCCACGCGCGCCAAGAGAAGUGCCCUUUUGCUGUGCAACGAGGCGGAGGAUGAUAACCAGAUCCUCACCCUCAACGAACCGAACUACGAGACCUUGAAGCCGCCAACACCGCCUCGUUCCAUGGAGCAUUGCUACGAGAAUGUGGACAUGCAGGCAGAGGCCUCCAGUUCAAAGCCGAGCAGCAGCAGCAAGGUGGCUCCCAGCAGCUCACAGAACAGAGCCAGCUUGGAGGCAGCACCUCCUGCUCCAGUCGCUUCGGCGCCGAAGAACUCCUAUCGCAGGUCCAACUCCCUGUCCACCCACAAUCCCUUUGCGGCAGCUCCUCGCCGAAGCAGCAGCAAGGCCAGUGGAUCGGUGAAUCUCACGCGAAACUUUGGUAGCACGCAGAAUUUGAUCAACCUUAGCCAGAAUCUGGCCAAAACAAAGAAGCGCAGCAGUCUGAACCUGAAGGCCAGUGGCAGUGGAGCCACGAGAAGCGGGAAGGAUCCGCCAUCUAUGGCAGCUGCCUCGCCACAGAGACGUUCCACGUCGAAUGCCAAUCUUCGCAGGGACAGCAGUGUGUCCUCCGCGAAGGCAGUGCCCGUUCCGCCGACCAGGAACUCUCGGAAUAGCUUCAGCAACAUUCCAAGGGCCAGUUUGGGAGGAGGCGGCAGCAAUGCCAGCGCAAACACUGGGGCGCCGCCGCCCAGUUUCUCUCGCCAAUCUUCCAGCAGCACGGCCACCAGUAGCUCCUCCAUUACGCCAGGUGUGGUGCUGCAGCAAUCUGCCUCCACGAGCGCCAUGCAGCGUCAACCACCCACGCAGCCCAUUCGGAGAAGUCUAAAUAACUUCAGGACCCGCUCCACGGGCACAGCUGGAGCAGCAGCAACUGGAAAACCAGGAGCAGCAGGAGCAACACCUGCAGCAGCAAAAACAACCGAGAACAAUGAGCUGCCCUCUGAUCUGGAGAUAGUCGUUUCCGAUGUGGAGAACCUGGUUAGCUAGGGGCUGCUCUCCCGUUCCAGUUUCCAAAACCAACCAAGUGAAAGUGAUAAGUCUUAAUGUUAGUUAUACAAAUUGUCGCAUAGGUUUACUUGCAUACAUAUAUAUAUAUUUGUACAUACAUUAUAUAUAUGUGUACUUUACACUGCCUUAAACUUGCCGUUUCUGCUGAAUAUGUGAAAAACCACGCCCACUCACACACGAACAACAGACACUCGAACGCAUUCCACACGCCCAUAAAUCCCCCCCGACCAAGGCUCGCCCGUGCAUCACCACCCCUUUAAGCCGCCCAUUGAAGCACUAGCUAGCCCACUCAAAUCCUCACCCACUGAAGCCACCGCAAUCCAAACCGCCAGCCGCACUUUGUACCUUCUACUGUUUACUGUUUGUAUUGUAUUGUAUUGUAUUGUGUAAACUAGAAUUUUAUAAAUCCAGUCAAUUCCGGUUUCCAGAUUCGAUCAAAUUAGGCGAUUUUAUUGAAAUAACAUAGUAUAAAAAUUUAACAUUUAAAAUUGCGUGCAGGUCCAAAAAAUUUUCAAGCCACUUAAAUUCAAUUUACAAUCAAAGGUUAAAGAUCAAUGAUGUUAUAUAGCCUUUCCUAUUUGAUCGAAUUUGCAACUGGCAACAGGUGUGUAUGCUCAGUUAUUCUUUUUCGAUUGGUUUUUAUUAGAUCAAAACUAAAUGAGCUUUACUUUAAAAUGUUAAAGUAACUACCAUUUCAAUCAUACAAUUUUCCAAUUUCAUAAUCCUUAAAAGAACGCAAUCGAAAUGGAAUAACUGAUUAUACACCCACUCCUUAUAUUUGCCUAAACUUGGCCUAUAUUUCAAGUUAAUUUCAAAACAGUAUUACUGAAAUUGUUAUGUACCUACUAAAUACUUAUAUUGCUUAGUUUGCCUGCGCUUCAAGUUUCGAACAACGAUCACUACUCAUCUGAACUACGACGACAUACAGAACAAUACAAGGUGCUAUUUUAGUAAAGAACUAAAACGAUAAAAUAUUAGCCGAGAACAUUUCAAAAAUCCUUUGCAUAUUUUCUCAAGAUCAAAACUUAGAUAAGAAAGGAUUGAGGUUGGUGUAGUCCACGAAGUAGGAUAUAUGGAAAAUAGAAAAAAAAAAAAAAAGGGAGCCGGGGAAAGUUGCAAAUAGUUGUACGGAAUAGAUACAAAGAUUAACCAACGAUACUGUCAAUAAAUCAAAAGCAUAAUGCAUCGAAAGUAGGUUUUAGAAAAUGCCCAGCAGCAAGGCCACAUAGAAAGUUAGCCACCCAGACUUUAACAUUAAUCCACCCGAUCCCCUGAAGCACCGGCACCUGUAAACAAGCAUCGAUCCCAUAGUAAGACCUGCAAUUCCGUAGUCUGUAGUGUACAUAGAAUAUCGAAUGGACAUAGUUUUUAUAUGCAAUACCAAGUUAGAGCAAUGCGAACAAACAAUAAUGAGGCACCUAACGAUAUUCAUACAUACGUAGGAUAUAGAGUCACAUUCCGAAUCGAAUCACUGAGCGGCGGCUUUCAAGUUACACACUAACACCUAACACCCCAACAAUAACGAUCUUUAGGCUAAGGAUAACGAUUGAUAUUUGUAGCUAUAUGAAUGUGUAGGAAAUCAAAGGCGUAUCAAAAAUAUAUAUACAUACAUCCAUAUGGGGCGUGCAAUAACCAUUGCAACUUUAUGAGCAUUUGGGUAUAUUUUUGUGGAAUAUACAAGAUACAACAUACAACAUACAAGAUAGAAGACAUAAGCUCAGCUCAAGAAACCGACAGCCGACCCAAAAUAUCGAAUAUUGACAGACAGACAGUUAACGCGUUGGCCAGUAAUGAAACGGAGAACGGAAAUAGUUAAAACGAGUACGCGACAAUCGCUUUGAAAUGCUUAACAUAAAAACAAACAAAAAAUAUUGGUAAGCCCGAGAAUCGAAUUGAAGUUUAGUUUCUACUUUGUCUUGACUACAUAUUUCAAUACGAAACUAUACAAAAUAAUGACAGGCAAAAAAAAACACUUACCAAAAAAGGAUAGCACUAGGAAGCAUCAAAAAUACAUCGGAAUGGGAGUAUGUGUGCCCAAUAAUUUUCCAUAAUUUUAAGCCAAAUAUUGGCAUGAUUUUUCAACCACUUAAGCUCAAUUGGAGAAUCAAAACUUCAAGGAACAACUACUCCCAUCCUGUGCGUUUUUAAAGAUCAAAUUCUAUUUCCCAGUGUACUUAAUGAGAUGAUUAAGAGAACAUUUUGAAUAUUGCCAAUGUUUGUGUACUGUAUAUAAUUAAAUGCAAAUGAUUAUUGUCUAAGAUGAAUGGACGAGAGUAUUUUGAGCGUGACAAAAAGACUAUUUAGCGCGAAAUGAACAAUUUUUGUGUAAUGUAUAUAAGAAACCGAUUGAUUUUAAUCUAAAUAUACAUAAAUAUUAAUGUAAUUGUAAAACUGCAAACGAUUUUUAAAUCUGUAUGUGUAUUGUGUACCUCAAUUGUAAUUAAUUUUUAUACUUUUCACGAGAUGGAUUAAUGCUAUUUUUAUAAUUUAGCUAAAUGAAUUAUAAACACGUAUUUACGUCUCCCGAUCCCCCACGAAACCAUCGCCUACCCCUAGUAAAUGGCCAGUUUUAAAUGUUGUCCAAGACCGCAUCACCCAUCCAACAACCUACAUAAAAUCAUAUGUAAUUUUGUCAAUUAAGAACGCGUAAAUGUCUCUAAGAAGUCGAAAGAAUAAAAAACGAAAUGAAACGAACAAAAGAAAACAAAAACCGAAGAGCAAAGAAGUGAAUACUAGCAUUUUACGAAUUAAUAUUUUAAAGACAAUUCAAAACAAUAAUUAACGUAUGUAUUAUGAUUAGCGAACAAAAAGCACAUGUGUGACAAUUCAGUUGUACUUUAUGUUACGAUUACUACAAUACUUUAUUUAUUAAUCUUAUUGUUAGGCAAUAACACACACGAGUGUAACUAAUUUUUAACCCGAACACACACACACAUAUGCGAUACUUUAUAAUUUCCUCAUUUUAAGCAAAAUUCAAUUAACAAUAAAAACGAAACUAAUACUUAUGGAA